AUGGCCUCUAAGGUUACAGAUUCAUCACAGGGGAAGGACACAAAAGACAUUGGUGAUGGUUCUGUAACGCCCAUUCUUCAGGAACUACGUAAUAAGGCAGAAGAGCUCAAACAAACACAGUUAAAUCAAAUUAUCGCUAAACACGAAACAUUGGUGAAAGAGCUUUUCUACGUGCAUAAUUUAAGUAAUUCAUCGGAUAACAGUACACCAGGAUUUCUAGAACCUUUUCAAAGCUGGGAGAAAGUAGACCAGGAAAUACUACAAAGAUUUAUGCAAACGCAUAAACUGGAAAACCUAUCACUUAGGACAUCAACAGCACCAUCAACUGAAUCCAAUCAACAACAAACUCUUUCACCUACUGUUUCUGUUCAACCACCAACACCAACUGAACAAAGUUCACAAACGAAAAAACACAAGCGAGUUAUUCCUCCGCCUCCCGAAAGAAUGGUUACGCGUGCUGCUAGCGGUGCAAUAUGUCCAAAGAGUGUCGAUGAGAUUCUUAAAGAUGCCGAGCGUAAUGGCUUCCCUCAAACAUCAUCAUCGAUUUCCGCCUCAUCGUCUUCAACAAUAUCAUCUCAACCCACAAAGAUUAAAUUAAAUAUUGGAAAUAAGAAACAACAUCCACCGCAACGUAUCACUACUUCUGCUACAAAACAUGGUGACAAUCGAAACAACAAUUUAUCUCGUGCCAGGGGUUAUGAUCGAUCCGCGAUGCUUUCAAAUUUUCAAAAUCAGCCAAUCUAUAAAGCUUUUCAAAUACCAAAUAAAGUGCUAACAAGCGAAGAUUGGAGGGUUGUAAGAGAUGAGAUUAAGAAUGUCAGAGUUACAGAAAGAAUUGAACAGUUGAAAGCCGCAAAUCAAUGGAGUUUUAAACAAGUAGAACAACAUAAAGCACCACCAAGAACAAUGACACAUUGGGAUUAUUUGUUAGCCGAAAUGAAAUGGUUGCAAACUGAUUUUAAAGAAGAAAGAAGGUGGAAAAUAGCAGCCCAUUAUCUUAUGGCUCAAUGGGUUAUGGAAUGGCAUAAUGCAGAAGAUAAAUCGACUGUUUGCGUAAAGCGUCGGAAACCUGCACCAGUUGUGCCAAAAGAAGAAUCUUCAGGGUCGAUGAAUAUUGAUACCGAUAAUGUUUUGGAUGAUGAAUUGAGAGAGGUUAAAAUGGAAUUAACAGAGCUAAAGACAGAAGAGAUAGAAGAAGAAAUGAGCAUCAAGGAUAACUUGGAUGAGAAUCGAUGGCAACAAAAUGCUCAUAUAUCAAAUGACGAAAUAAUGAUUGAUAUUGAAUCAGUUGAUGAUGAAACAUCAUCAUCAACAUCAAUUCGACCCCAAAACGAUCAGAUUAUUAAUAAUAAUCAAUCAGCGACAACAACAAAUAAUAUAACGAAAAAAACGAGACAUUGCUUCUUUUCUUUACCCGCCAAUCAAAUCAAUUUCCUUGUACCAGACAGUCAAACAUUCGAUCUAGAAACAAUACUCCCCGAAUGUAAUAUUUAUGGAGGAAUAACUUCAUCGAGUGAUAAAGAUAUCUAUGUUGAUGAAGCUGAAUAUGCUCAAAUAGUACCUAUAUCGAAAACAGUGGUGCGUCGUAUGAAAGGAUAUAAUAAUAGAAAAUCGACGAUACAGUGGAGAAAUUCAAUAUAUGAAUCUUCGAAGCGUAUAAAAACAAAAUCAAAGAGUGAUGAUCUUGAUGAUCAGGCUUUAAUAAGUCCAAUAUUUUCUAAGCCAAAUGAAAAACGUGUUACCGGAUUUACGGUUUCUGAACCACCUCAGAUUUCUACAACUCCCACCCAAGGCUGGUCAGCUGAGGAUGAUGAUUUAUUAUUGUCAUUAGCAAAAGAAUACCAGUGUAAUUGGAACCUUAUCGCAGAAGUAAUAAACCUGUCACGUUCUUCGAUAACUGGAUGUAUACGGAAUCCGUACGAAUGUCAUCAACGAUGGCUACAGAAAGAAGAUACCAGUGGAUUUAUAAUUCAAGGUGUCACGAAAACUUCAGACGACGAAGAUGAAAUAGCAUUAGGCCUCGUUACUUCUAUGGAUGGAAUCACCAUGAACGGAGGAAGUAGUAGCUCAACUUCUUUAGCUUUAAAAAUAAAAAAGGAUCAAUGGAAAAAAGCACCGAGAUUUGAUCCAAUAAAGAAUAACAAACGACAUUCAAGUAUUCAUGAAGCGAUAAAAAAGGCAGCAAAGAAAAGAACAGAAGAGGCACAAAAACGACGCAAGGUUCCUUCACCAUUGGAAUUAAGUCGAAGGAAAUGUGAACAAGAAAGACAAGCGCAUCAAAACAUUUUGGAAGCGCGUCAAGCGGCAUCUCUUGCUAUGCAAGGACAUCAUGUAAGGCAACAAAUGAUUGCUAGACCACAACAGCCACAGGGUGUCCAUAUGGUGCAUCAAAUACCACAAGUUCCUGGUAGACCUCAACAAGUACCUAAUCCUAUGCAGGUAUAUUUAUUGCAACAGCAAAGAGCUGCUGCACAACGUGUUCAACAGCAAUUUCCACAGAUGACUCCACAGGCAAUGGUCCAAGCAGUGCAAGCCCAAGUACAAGCG